AUGGAUGAAAAUGGCGGAAAGGGAGUCCAUGAAGGACGGGCCUUGAACACCGAAGACACGGCCGAUGGAAAUGGCAAUAGAGGCACUGAGCCCUUGGCCACGGUUGAGCGCGCUCAUACUGGUCAUGCCGAGCCUGGUCUCCAACCUACCACCGGUGCAUCAACACCUACAGCUCGCCGAAGUGUACAGUUUUCCCGGACGGAGGGUGAUAAUGAUGCACAGGGACAACGACAAUCAUACUCCAGGCCACCCUCAGAGCUCGCAGCAGAUGAAGAAAUAGCCCCCAAACGUGGACAUUUUCAAUUUAUGUCCAAGCUCCGAGCUCUUGCCCCUUCAACUUCUCGCUCCGCGGGCCCAGCUUCUCCUGUAGGACCAAGCCAUGAUAGGACGAUGUCUGACGGCGCAGGACCACUCUCGGAUCUGGCGGAAUUCCGGUUUCCCCGAUCAGAGGAUGCAGGUGGUGGAAGUGAUGCAGAUGCGGACGUUGAAUCUAGCUCCGAAGCAGGUUUCGGUGUGCAGAUGAAGAAGAAGAAACGCAAAACAAAGAGACUCCCACUUGAUAUCUCUAAUACGACUCCGUCUACUCCGAAAUCAGGCCUAUCAGCUGCAAACUCGAUUCAUCCAUAUGAUGAUCCUCAAUCCGCUAACGCCCCGCUGACCCCCCCACUGCAUCGCUUACGAGAAGGUUUCUCCGAAGAUGAGGGGAGAGACAGGUUGAAUCGGGAUAAUAUGUGGCGGAGAAGAAGCAAUUGGCUACAAGGCACUCGUGGAAGAAGCAUUACUGGCCAGCGGGCUGAUGGACAAACCUCUCAGGAUGAGAGGCGCCCGACAAACUUACGGCGGCUCACAGGAUUCGGCGGAACUUCUGACCAUGCAGACGGCAUCAGCGGAGCCUGGCGCCGACACAAAGCUGAGCGUGGUUCGAGCCUCAGUGCUCAGAAAUGGAAGCAGAUCAAAGCUGGUUUCAAGUUGAUUGGCCAGCGUAAGAAACAGGAAAACACUGUCGACCAUGUCAAGUCUGCCGAAUUGCUUGCUGAGCUGACCUCGGGUGUACCCGCCGCUCUGCUUUUGGCAAGUAUGUUCCAACGAGACGAGCAUGGAAGUCGGCGCAUCCCUAUCCUCCUUGAACAGCUCAAAGUCCAUGUCACGGACAGCGAGUUUGAUUCACAUUCCUCCGGCGACCGCCACCUUGUAUUCCGCAUAGAACUUGAGUAUGGUAGCGGAAUGACCCGCAUGAAGUGGGUAAUACAUCGGACACUUAAAGACUUCGCCAAUCUUCAUUUAAAGUACAAGCUGCAGAUUGGUACACAGAGGUAUAUCCAAUUACGAAGCCAUGAUUCUGGGCAUCAGCUACCACACUUCCCAAAGAGCGCCUUUCCAUACAUGCGAGGUGUCCGUGGUCUUGAUAGUGAUAUAGAAGACGAGGAAGAUGAAGCCGCAGAAGAUACCGCUGCCGAUGCAACCAGCGGAAAUGAGCGAUCAAGGAAGAAGAAACGAAGGUCCUCCAUUGCCCUCACAAGGAGACGGUCCAGUUUGGCCUCACGACUCGACGCUCCAGCCAACUCAGACAGAGCCGUUGACAACAGUACAUCGAACAAACGGGAGACCUACCCUGAAAAACAGAGAAAGAAGCUUGAAUCAUAUCUACAAAAAAUGAUACGUUUCCUCAUUUUCCGACCGGAUAGCAACCGUCUCUGCAAAUUCCUCGAGCUCUCUGCACUUGGCGUCCGUCUGGCAGCUGAAGGAAGCUAUCACGGUAAGGAGGGAUACUUGGUUAUCCAAUCGUCCAAAGGGCUUGAUUUCAGGAAAGCUUUAAACCCGUCCAUGGUGAAAUCCCGCCAUUCUCCGAAGUGGUUCUUGGUUCGACACAGUUACAUUGUCUGUGUUGACUCUCCUGAGGAGAUGCACAUAUACGAUGUCUUCCUUGUCGACCCCUACUUCCAAAUCCAGGCCCAGAAGGUCCGCCUUAGGGAUCAAAACCCAACAGAACUAAAGGAGUCCGCAAAACACCCACAACAUCAUACUCUGAAAGUGCAGAAUUCUGAACGCAGGUUGAGAUUACUUGCCAGAAACGACCGCCAGCUUCGUCAGUUCGAGGACUCCAUUCGUUUAAUGCUUGAAACUACCCCUUGGGCUAAGCCGAAUCGAUUUGACAGCUUUGCUCCCGUGCGACCAAACUGCUUUGCACAAUGGCUAGUUGAUGGGAGGGACUAUAUGUGGGUAGUCUCACGGGCAAUUAACCAGGCAAAAGAUGUCAUUUACAUCCACGACUGGUGGCUAAGUCCCGAGCUCUACAUGCGUCGUCCAGCUGCUAUCAGUCAGAAGUGGCGUCUUGACCGUUUACUUCAACGAAAGGCACAAGAAGGUGUGAAGAUCUUUGUUAUAAUGUAUCGAAACAUUAACUCUGCCAUUCCCAUCGAUUCAGAGUAUUCGAAAUUCUCGCUACUUGAUCUACAUCCGAACGUCUUUGUCCAGCGUUCACCAAACCAGUUCAGGCAGAAUACAUUCUUUUGGGCUCAUCACGAGAAAAUUUGCAUUGUGGAUCAUACAUUGGCAUUUGUUGGCGGGAUUGACCUUUGCUUUGGUCGAUGGGAUACGCCGCAACAUCUCAUUACAGAUGAUAAACUUACUGGGUUUGAAAUGACGGACUCUCCCAAAGAUGCAGAUCAUUGUCAACUGUGGCCGGGUAAGGAUUACUCAAACCCGAGAGUCCUUGAUUUCUAUGAUUUGGAUAAGCCGUAUGAAGAGAUGUAUGAUCGUGAAGUUGUUCCACGUAUGGCGUGGCAUGAUAUAUCAAUGCAUGUUGUAGGGCAGCCUGCUAGAGAUCUUACCCGACACUUUGUUCAAAGAUGGAACUACAUUCUUCGCCAGCGUAAACCCACGCGGCCAACUCCAUUCCUCCUACCUCCACCGGACUUCAACCCAGUGGACCUUGAAACUCUAGGCCUAGAUGGAACUUGUGAGAUCCAAAUUGUCCGUUCAAGCAGCAUGUGGUCCACUGGCACUCCAGAUGUUGUUGAAUGCAGCAUCAUGAAUGCCUACGUCAAAAUGAUUGAAAAAUCAGAUCAUUUCGUCUACAUCGAAAACCAGUUUUUCAUCAGUAGCUGUGAAAUUGAGGGAAAGAAAAUCGAAAAUCAUAUUGGCGAUGCAUUGGUUGAGAGAAUCAUUCGCGCCGCUAACAACGAAGAAGCGUGGCGUGCGGUCAUUCUAAUACCCCUUAUGCCUGGUUUCCAGAACACUGUAGACACCGAGGGCGGAACUAGUGUGAGAUUAAUCAUGCAAUGCCAAUAUAGGAGCAUUUGUCGCGGAGAAUCCUCCAUUUUUGGUCGCCUGCGUGCUCGUGGCAUCGAGCCCGAAGAUUAUAUUCAAUUCUUCAGUUUAAGAUCCUGGGGAAGAAUUGGACCAAAGAAAAGUCUUGUCACGGAACAAUUAUACAUACACGCGAAAUGUAUGGUUGUUGAUGACCGAGUUGCUAUCAUUGGGUCUGCGAACAUCAAUGAACGUUCCAUGCUUGGCUCAAGAGAUUCGGAGUGUGCUGCUGUUGUUCGGGAUACGGACUUAAUUGAGUCCCAUAUGAAUGGAAAACCGUACUUGGUUGGACGUUUCCCGCAUACCCUUCGAAUGCGCCUGAUGAGAGAACAUCUAGGCUUCGAUGUUGACGAGAUUGUCGAAGAGUAUACUUCUGCCCCUGCUGAAAACGCGAGUAUAGAUAGGACGUUUGGAAACCAGCCUGAGGUUACAAUUCAAGCUGAAAACAUACCCACUGACGGAGAAAAUCAACCCGAAAAAGAUGAUUUAGAGAAAAAGCAGAAAGUUCAAGAAGAGUUUCUGGCAAGAUUUGAAGAAAUGCAUAGCUUCAAUCAUGAUGUCGACUGGGAGCAGGCAGGCAACCCAAAUCUCAAAUCGAACAGAAAGCUUACCGCAGAUGCUAGAGUGACAAGGAAUGAGGACCACCGAAAGGACCUGGAGGGCCAUGGAGUGGAUCAGAUGAAACGUAAUGAAGAGAUUGUUGGCACUACUGGUCGUGAUACUUUCCACAAGAACAGUGUCGAGGUUUUGGUCACAGGUAGGACCAAGAAUAACUCUGCCCCGUCCACAGCGCCAUGCGACAACGUUUCUGGUGUAGCAGGCUCGACUGCUGAUGCCAAACAACAAACUGCACCAGGUACGCCAGAGACCCACCCAAGAAGUGCCUCUAUGUCUAGCCCCCGAAUGACAGGACAAAAUCGACCUGCUGCAGCCAACGCCACCGAUGAUCAUAUACAGCACUUCUCGCUUGACGCCACGCAGCCGAAGAAUACCUCACAUUUCCCUUUGGAUGAACCGAAGCGACCCAUUCUAGACAAGGAUUGUAUGAAAGAUCCACUCCUCGACUCAUUUUACCUGGACACCUGGCAGGCCAUUGCGGAAAAUAACACCAAGCUCUUUCGGAGCGUCUUCCGCUGCAUGCCAGAUAGCGAAGUCAAGACCUGGAAGGAUUACAAGGAAUAUACAGCCUAUGCGGAAAGGUUUGCUGACAUGCAAAACCAUUGUAAUGCAUCAGCCGGAAACCAAUCUUGUCCUCGUAAUGGCCCCUCGGGCACAAAUAACAACUCAUCAAAUGGCGGAAAGCUGGGAACUGAGCUUGGGAAUGCUCUUGAGGAGGUGAAGGAGAAAUUUGCAGCUCAUCAUUCUUCUGAAAAAGACAAGGAAUUGCAUGCAAAUUUGCAUCAGUGGGCAGUAGAGGCUAACCAAGCACAACUUGAACGGCAACAGCAGGAGCUGCUCCAUGUUGACAAGUCCAUUCCACACCCUGAUACUCCUUCUCAUAUCGCCAACAAUGCCGAUGCAAGAUCGUCCAAUUCCAGCCGUCACGCGGAAUACUCUCACACUCCUGUUGCUCCGGAGAGGAAUCUUGAGCUACCUCGAUCUUCACAUUCUGAAGCCCCGGCCCCAAGCAUUGGCAUGUCCCAGCGACGAAGGCGGAGAGCAACUACCCGUAGCUCAAGAAAAGAGUUCCACGCGGUAGAUGAUAUCAUGGAUAUGCACGAAGCAGCCGAAUUGCUUGGCUUGGUGCAAGGCCACCUUGUUACUUGGCCGUAUGAAUGGCUUGAACGCGAAGAACAAGGAGGCAACUGGCUAUACACACUCGACCAAAUUUCACCCCUUGAAAUCUAG